AAGUGGGCGGUGCUCCGGCUGGCUGGGAAAUGUCAGCCGCUUGACUGGGGACGGGUUUUCCUUACCCCAGAGCCUGCAGGCCUUUUAGUGAUCGUCACCGCCGUCGCCUCGGACCGUAGGUCCCAGAUCCUGGGCGGUUGUGGCGGACGCGGAGUUUCCCGGUCCUUGCAGGCGCUGUCUGGCAAGAUCGGACGGUGAGCCUGAUGGGGAGAGCCUGAGGCACUUUGGGGUCUGGGGUCUGAGGCCGAGCGCAGGCGGAGAUCGAGAGGACCUCGGAGACCCCGAGCAGCAGCCACCGCGGGCCUACGUUCCCGGCCACUGAUAGGCGGUAGCCAGGUCCGCCGGCCAGUUUACAGAUAUGACCCAGACCUGUACAUGAGUGACUUUGGUUAGUCAGAGUGAACAUUCAAUAAUGAGCGGUGCAGCUUUGGGACUCGAGAUUGUUUUUGUCUUUUUUCUGGCAUUAUUCCUACUUCAUCGAUAUGGAGAUUUCAAGAAACAGCAUAGACUUGUAAUUGUUGGAACACUGCUAGCUUGGUAUCUCUGCUUUCUUAUUGUCUUCAUACUGCCUCUGGAUGUUAGUACGACUAUAUACAACCGUUGCAAGCAUGCUGCUGCAAACUCAAGCCCUCCUGAGAACAGCAACAUCACAGGAUUAUAUGCAGCUGCUACCCCCGUUCCCAGCCAGUAUCCAUGUUUCAUGCCGUGGAGUUACAUUCCGGAUGGAAUCAUGCCAAUUUUCUGGAGGGUGGUAUAUUGGACAUCACAAUUUUUAACAUGGAUUCUGUUACCUUUUAUGCAGUCAUAUGCAAGAUCAGGAGGGUUUUCCAUCACUGGAAAGAUCAAAACUGCACUGAUUGAGAAUGCAAUCUACUAUGGCACCUAUUUGCUGAUUUUUGGAGCAUUUUUAAUUUAUGUAGCUGUAAACCCACAUUUGCACUUAGAAUGGAACCAGCUUCAGACAAUUGGGAUAGCUGCCGCAAAUACAUGGGGCCUGUUUCUUCUCGUGUUGUUGCUGGGGUAUGGUUUGGUAGAAAUUCCUCGGUCAUACUGGAAUGGAGCAAAAAGAGGUUAUCUGCUUAUGAAAACGUAUUUUAAGGCAGCCAAACUGAUGACAGAGAAAGCAGAUGCAGAAGAGACUUUAGAAGAUGUCAUGGAGGAGGUUCGUAAAGUGAAUGAAAGCAUCAAGUAUAACCACCCAUUGAGAAAAUGUGUUGAUACAAUACUUAAAAAGUGCCCUACAGAGUAUCAGGAAAAAAUGGGUAGGAACAUGGAUGAUUAUGAAGAUUUUGAUGAAAAGCAUAACACCUACCCAAGUGAAAAAAGUCUGGUAAAACUACAUAAGCAGGUGAUUUAUUCAGUUCAGAGGCACCGUCGAACUCAAGUACAGUGGCGGAUUCUUUUGGAGCAAGCGUUUUAUCUAGAAGAUGUAGCAAAAAAUGAAACUAGUGCCACUCGUCAGUUUGUUCACACCUUUCAGUCACCAGAGCCAGAAAAUAAAUUUAUCCAAUAUUUUUAUAAUCCUACAGUUGAAUGGUACUGGGAAUGUCUCUUGCGACCAUGGUUUUAUAGGAUACUUGCCAUGGUUUUGUCUGUCUUCUCUGUGAUUGUUGUGUGGUCAGAAUGCACAUUCUUUAGUACUACACCUGUCUUAUCCCUCUUUGCAGUCUUCAUACAGCUGGCUGAAAAAACUUACAAUUAUAUUUAUAUCGAGAUUGCUUGCUUCCUUUCCAUCUUCUUUCUCAGCAUCUGCGUUUACUCUACUGUGUUCAGGAUCCGUGUGUUCAACUACUAUUACUUGGCCUCACAUCACCAGACUGAUGCGUACAGCCUUCUGUUCAGUGGCAUGUUAUUUUGCCGUUUGACUCCUCCUUUAUGUCUUAAUUUCUUGGGUUUGACACAUAUGGAUUCAUCCAUCUCUCACCAGAAUACACAGCCAACUGCUUAUACAUCUAUUAUGGGUUCCAUGAAAGUUUUAUCCUUUAUUGCAGAUGGAUUCUAUAUAUAUUAUCCUAUGUUGGUGGUAAUUCUCUGCAUUGCUACUUACUUUAGUUUGGGAACUCGUUGUUUGAAUCUACUUGGUUUCCAGCAGUUCAUGGGAGAUAAUGAUAUGACAUCAGACUUGGUUGAUGAAGGAAAAGAGUUAAUCAGACGAGAGAAGAGAAAAAGGCAAAGGCAAGAAGAAGGUGAAAAUCGAAGAAGAGAAUGGAAAGAACGUUAUGGACACAGUAGAGAAGAUUCCACUAGAAACAGAAAUGUUCAUGUUGACUCGAAAGAGUCAAGCCUCUCAGAUCUUAGUACCACCCGAUCAUCCAAAUAUACCAGGGCCAAUAACAGGACUGAAAGGGACCGAAUAGAACUCCUCCAAGAUGUAGAACCUUUGGACUUUAAUGCAGAAACAUUCACUGAUGAUCCUCUUGAAUCUAAAUCAGAAAGAUCAUUUCUUUAUCCACCUUUCAGGUAUCAGCCUGGUGGACGAUACCUCUCGAUGUCUCAAACUGGAAUAUUUGAUGAUGUGUAAAGUCUGAAAGAAUUUAUGGAACAACUAACCAAGAUCAACACAUCAGUCCAGUCUUUAUGAACAUAUGUGUGCCCUAGAAUUUAUACUGUACUUGUAGUGAAAAGUGUCAGAACAAAAAAAGGCACUGAAAGUUACUCACAUCUUAGUAAUAAUAGUUUAUUGCCCAUUGAAUAGAGUGUCAUCUUUUUUAUUACACACCAUUCCUGAAGUGUCUGCCUUAAAAGUACCGGUGUAGUGGAAGGAUUCAGUUCAUGAGAAAGAUCAGUAUAUGUUGAGAACAGGUAGUUCGGUUUGUUUCAGAUUAACUUUUUUUGGGAAAGUUGUUUUAAAGAUCCAAGAAAGUCAUACGUCAUAACUAAAUAACAUCAUACGGUUUUGUUAUUGUGAUUUCCGUUUUUGCUGUUUUUAAAGAAUAUGUUAAUCCUGUAUUUCUCAACGAGAUGGAGACCUCAAAUAAUAAUGGUAUUUACAGAACCCAUGUCUUAAAACAAGGCUUACUUACCAGACAUAACUGAAUGUAGAAAGCUCUUUUUCAACUCUAUAUGCAAAUUAGUGAGGUUUUUGCAUGUAUAAUUAAGAUUACACUUCAACUGAUAGUGUUAAUAUCUUUGGCAUGUGUACUAUAAUUGGGUGAUGUAUUAUUCUUUCAGUCUUUGCUAGUAACUGGAAAUUCGUUUAUGCUUUUGGUAUUGCUUUGUAAAAGAUUUUCAUUUCAGGGAGAAAUGUUCACCUUUAUCAUUCAGCAUAUUGAUUUAAGUAUUGAUCAUUCCACUCAAAGAGAAUCUGAAGCAUUAAUGGGAAAUAGUGGGUUGUUGUUUUUUUGUUUUGUUUUUUGUUUUUUUUUUAAUAACCAAAGAGUCCCACAAAAUUCUCUAAUUUUUAAAGGUGCCUAUUGAUGCUUUGUGGAAAAUAACAUUUGGUUACUUAAAGGUAAAAUGUGAUUCCACUUACUAUUAUUAUUAUUAACACUUAAAUUGUGGUUUAUGUGUAAUAAUUUUGUUAAACAUGCUUAUUAUUUUAAAAAAGCGUUUUUAAACUUCUGUGUUUAAGCCAAAGUUGGGUAUAUUUUAAAUCAUCAGUGUUUUAUUGCACAGUGAAUAUUGCACAGUUAAACACAACAUGCUUGCAGAGAGUUUUUUAUGUCCCUGAAAUGUUUACAACUCAGAGAACCCCUGCUAUGGAUUCAUCCAGUGGUGACUCUUUGUGAGCUUUCCGCAACAGUCUCAAUUUAACACCUGCUCUUCUGUGUAAUUUUUAAUAGUGCUCGCUUUCACUCUGAAGUAUCCCAGGUUGAAAAUGAAUUAUAUGAUCACCCUAACAAUAUGAUUGUAUGUUUCUUGAAGGUAAUCUUCCCUUGAAUCAUAAUUUUAAAUUUUUUAUUUUGCUUUUUACUUAGAUACUAUCAUGUAAAUUUUAAGAGACAGAUCCAUGCAGAUACUGAAAGGAAUAGUGUAUCAUCCUAAUUAUCUGAUUUUGUUCAAUUUUAUGAUAUUUGAGGUUAGAUCCCCUUUAAAAUAAUUAUAAACGGAUAAACUUUAUUCUCAGUCAAAGGUUAUACAGGCUGCCCAUUUGAGAAUACACACACAGCCUUUCACUCUAAAGUGUGGUCAGAGAGCUGUAGGCCAGAAGCAGAGAUCAUUUGGUACUGUUUGUAAUUUCAUGAUUGACCAUUGAAUAUCUCGGGCAAAUUAUGUAACCUUUCAGUGCCUCAAUUUCUUCAUUCAUGAAAUGAAGAUGAUACUUGCUAUUUACCUAUUGAUCUACCUCACAACUAUUGUGAGGGUAUAUUGAGUUGAUGUUGAUAUGCUGGCGUUUAAAAAACAAAACAAAAUAAAUUGUUUCCUGUGCUACUUUUCCUAGUGGUACUUGAAGGUGUGAAAUGAUCAGCCCAGUUUCUUACAAUUACAGAGAAGCUUUUAAGUCCCCAAAGCAAAAACUGUUUUUGGACUAAUUUAUCAAAAGUCCUUUGAAAAUAGUAUUGUUGUAUAUUUGGUCUUUGGGUUUACCUUGGAAUAUUUUCCUUAAGUAUAAUGUUGUUUCUCAUCAGGUUUUGUCAUGAAACCCAGAUGCUGUAGAAGAAAUAGAAGCAGAAAAAGAGAUUAUCCAGUCACUUUUGUAACUUAUAAUGCCCUAAAAUAAAUUGAUAGGAAUAUGUAGGGGAAUGUACUACUUUCCUUUAUAAUAAUUGAAGUGUAUGUAAUACUUACUUCACAAAUAACCUAGCUCCUUUUGUGACUUCUGAGUUAUUUCCAAAAUAACUUUUGGUUGUUUUAAGUCUAGAGUGUUCAACUUUUUAAGCAGAACUUAUCUUACAGGAUUUUAUAUAUGAUCAUAUUAGGAAGGUUACCUGGCUGGGUAAUUUGAGUUCAUAAGGUAAUGAUUUAACCCCCGAAGAAUAAAGAGUUUAUUGGUGGGGGGAACUAGGUUAGUAUUUGUUAAGCCACCUUGUGUAAAAAAAGGUGGAGUAAGAACAGAAGUUUUCUGUUUGGGGAAGCUUAUUAAAAUGUAAUGACCUCUACUGCAAAACAUUACUACUAAAUUCAUACACUUUAAAUGCAAAGUAACUUCCUGAAGAAUUACUUAUGACGAUUAGCUUUUGAUGUCUUUCUUACGUAAUAAUAGAUAUCUGGUUAAAUUUUCUAAAUUAUUUUUCUAAAUAAUCAUUAGGUAAGGAUAUUCAGUAAGCCAGUAAUUCAAAACAACCACUGCAGAAAGUAAUCACCUGUAAGUUGCUAAUUAACUUUUGUUACUACAUCAAUAACUUUAUCUUAUCAGUGGAGCUUUUUUAUAAAAAUCAUUAUUAAAAUAAGAAAUAAGGUAUAAGCCGAAUUAUUAAAAUUUACUCUCUUACCAAAUGAAUCAAGGGCUUUCGAGUACUUUCAACACACAAGAGGUCCUCAUUUCACAAGAGUGGUAAGAGGGAAAUCAAAACAUUCAUGGGUCUUCCAUUUAUAAAAAAUAGAUCAGAAAAUUGGACAAUCCAUGCCAUCAGAAAUAAAUACUGUGAAUUGAUUUGUUUUUGGACUCUACUGUUUAUUAGAAUAUCCGUUCUUAAAUUUACACUGGUUGUGUACCCAAAUGAAAUUAAAUGUGGAUAGGAAGUCAAUUUGUGGGAUUUUUUUUUUAAAGUAUACUUCAGUGUAUGGAUGAAAGAAUUUCAUUUAUGUACAGUAACAAACCUCAUUUUUUUAUCUUGUAAUAGAGUCAGGGAACGUUCUUGAUGGUGUGUUGAUUACUAUCUUAAAGGAAAGUAAACUCUCCAUAAUUAUGAUUCACACUGUUCAGUAAUGUGAGUUUUGUACUUGUGAUUUGAGUGGACCAUGCCUGAAAAUCACAAGGAUAAGUAUAUUUGCACUAAAGAGGCAAAACAUGUCCCUGAAAAAUCUUAACAUACUUGAAUCUCCAAAAUGUAAUGGAUCAUAUUACAUUAAAUUCUAAAUGUUAAGGAGUAAAUGGAUUUCGAGUUUUAUCUUUCCUUUCUUUUCUUCCUUCCUCAUUGAUUUUAUAUCCUCCUUCCUUUCUGAAGCCUGUCUUUACAGUAUGACUUUUAAUGUGCUGACAGGUUUUUUUUUGUUUUGUGUACACUGCUGUUUCUGAUGAUGAUCAGUACACUCAGAAGGAACUAGUUCUGAUUUCACAUCCCACUACUUGAAUAGCAGUAUUGCACCUAAAGUAGUGAAACAGAUUUUUCUAGACAACUAAGCAACAUCUGAAUGUAAAUGUGAUGUAUGCUGGCUCGGUGUCUUGUCUUUAGGUCACUAAAGAGGGCACUUUAUUAAAAUGAAUUACUCUCAGUGUAAUGUUUUGGCAUAAAAAUGGAUUUCCAAAAACAGUGAUUGUUAAAAACAAAACAGAAAAGCAAAAAGAUUAAGAAACUUGGGAUGCCUUUUUAUGAAAAGGAAUUCAUAAAUACCCUACAUUGUUGUCAAAGUUUUCAUUAGGAGAGGUUAGAACAAUACAAGAAAGAGGGUUACAGGAGGCCUUCUAAAAUAAGAAUUCCCUCCAUGUAGGGUUCUUUUUCCCAAUGGACUUUUUCCUGCUCAGAGAGCUAGAAGACCAAGCCGUGUCAUCCCUUAUCCCAACUCCUGCAGACUAGGCCCUAUGAAUCGUCUUGCCCAGCAGAGCAGGCCCUAGCCCUGCCCGAUCCUUAAUCCCAUCAAUGGGGACAGGACCUCACCUCUAAUUCCUUUCACACUCAGCCUGGUCCUCCUAAAAUUUCAUUAUCAUUGUCAAAAGAUUUGUCCAUUGAGGUUGGUUGAAGCCUUGCUAUAAUUUUUAAUUUGUUAAUGAAGCAAGAAUAUUGGCAUGUUCCUCUUCUCAUUGAUAUCCUAAAAGACAUUUGUUUUUAACAUACUCCCUGGAGAGAAUUAACUUUUUUCUCCUGAAAAUCUUUUCUUUAGUGGGUAUCUUGAUCUCAAAUCAUCUUAUAAAAGGAGCUUUUUUUUUUUUUCCUGUACUUAGUGCAAAAGAGUAGAAAAAAUGGUUUACUAUGGCAGACAUAUGUUGGGUAAAGUCAUAAUUUAUUAAUCUGACUGCACAACACCAUUUUGAGUCAAUAUUAUUGAUAUAAAUCGUAUCAACCUAGUCACUUAGAGCUGAAUUUCUCAAAAGAAUGCUGGCUAGCAUCUUCCCUACUUAGUACACCAAGUUGUAGGGGAGAGACUUGUAUUUAUUUUAUUAAAAGCAAUCCAAUGGAUUUGUUUUUGUCCAUACUUUGAAAACAGCUUGAAGGAUUUUUCUCAUUUUAGAAGGUAGAAAACAUGUGGACAUGUCUUUUAAAUUACUGUAAUCUAAUAAAUAUUUAUAAAUUCUAGUAUUGAAAAAAGAACUCUAAUAUUGAUGUUAUUUUCUGGUGUUUAAUUUCUGUAAAAUGUUUUUGUAGUAACUAAUUGUAGUGCUUUUAAGCAGUUUAAAAACCAUUCUCAAAUAAGUUCUGCCCACAUCAGAUUUCCUUAGGGCAAUAUUCCAAAGUUCAGUAGUCCAGUGUGAAUUUGAAAUACUCCUUCACCCCUUCAGUGUCUUUUUAUAUAUACCAGUACCCAAGCAAAGUAUACCAAAAGCCUAAUUUCUCUGUUGCAUUAAUAAAGUACUUGUUGUUUAUCUAAUUCAGUGGAUUAGGUGAAAUAGAAGAUAAGUCUUUUCAAAUGUGCAUCUGAUCAUAAUUUUUCUAAAUGUUCAUUAUGUUCAUCUUUGGUGCAUGAUGCCAAAUUUAUAUUUAAUCAGCCAUUACUACCUGAUAUGUAAUGACAAAUGUUUUCAUAUCUGACCAAUGAGUUGUAGAUUUAACUAUUUUUCUCUGCAGAUUCUCACUACAUUUUCAAAUAUGUAUUUGGAAAAAGCUGCAAAGUGCUACCUAUAAGUAAGUUAGCAUCUUUGGCCUUAUCUAUGCAUAAUGUUCUCGGUUUGGUUUUGACAAACUCGUGGAUUUGCAAUUGCUUUAUAGUAUUUUAACUUAUUGUGAUGUAAUGAAUUUUUUGAAAUGUUUAUUUGAUUAGCUAUUAAAAUAUAGGAAAUUAUGUGGCUUUGCAUGAAAUAAAGUACAUUUCUACAAGU